AUGACACCGAGAUGGGGAAUAUCAGACAACUGCUUCGAAGUGACUCAUUUGGAAAGGCAGCGAAUCGAGUUGCUAUUCGAUUUGGAUAUUAAGAAUGACCGAAGGGGACAUAUGGCCGUUGAUUCCGAGUCAGAUUUCGGCUCACUGAACAGCGUGCGGAUAGCGGAUGAGGACGACGAUAACGACAGUUGUUUGGCGCAAAAACCAGCCAAAGUGGUUCUAACGACCUCANUUCCAUUUGUUUCAUUUUUCCAUAAUGCGUAG